AGCAAUGCAAUGUCCGCCCAGUUGUCGCAUGUAAACAAUACUUUGGCAGCAGCGUCGCGAGGUUGCUGGACACUGCGCGUGAAGUGUGAUCGCUCAGCUGUUUCUAUCUGACAAAACUGUGGUAGUUGGCGAUCAUCUUGACGGAUCGUGGGACUCGCAUCUUGCGAAUAUUCAGCGCUCCGCACAUCUCUCGCCGUAUUUAUUUUUAGUAACUGAGUGUGCCAUGUCACGUCGUCGCGACGCAUCGUCGACAGCAUUUUUGCUGCGUAACUACACACCGCAGAGUUCCUGAAGAGCUCAACGUCAAGAAGAACGCGCACACGGAAAAUCUGUCACAAUUAGCUACGACGACGGUUUCGCACGCUAGGAUCGACGAGCGAAGAUCGCGGAACGAGAAAGAUCUAUGUGCCGUUGAGAUUUGUCAGCUGUAAGUUUUGCAAUAAUGAGGAAGACACGCGCCAACAUCUUCCGUGACAUUUACUAUCAACCAUAUGAGGACUGCACGAGGCUGAAAUUGUACUCUAGCAGCAAAGCCAGCUUACAGCUGAUACAGCGUAUGUCGUUGCUGAAAAGAUUGAAAGUACACAAUGGCUGUGUAAAUUCCAUUUGUUGGAACAGCAGUGGAGAACUAAUAUUAUCCGGGAGUGAUGAUCAACAUCUUGUUCUGACUAAUGCACAUAAUUACGAGGUAUUAACAGACUACAAAACGAGUCAUAGAGCAAAUAUUUUUAGUGCCAAAUUUUUGCCCAAUAGCGGAGAUCAUCGUAUUGUUUCUUGCAGUGGAGAUGGUAUUAUUUUGUACACAGAUUUAAUGAGAAGAACGGAGACGUUUCACAAUCAAUUUACUUGUCACACCGGCACAACUUACGAAAUAGCGACAAUACCUGGCGAGCCGCAUAGUUUUCUUAGUUGUGGCGAAGACGGGACCGUGAGAUGGUUUGAUCUCAGAGUCAAGGACAAAUGUAGCGCCGCAAGAUGUAGAGAGGACGUGCUAAUCCCGUGUCAAAGAGCUGUGACCGCACUGUCUGUGAAUCCCGUGUCGCCUCACCAGAUAGCAAUUGGCUGUUCCGACAGCACCGUACGAACGUUCGACAGAAGAACUCUCGGCACGCCGGCUACCGGUUGGACAGACGGAGGAAAUUCAGCAAGACCGUUAUGCAGCUUCACCGUUCCCGAAUUCGAAGGCAAUUCUUACAGAAUCACGUCGUUGAGUUACAGUCCGGACGGACAGGACGUUCUUGUGAGCUACAGCAGCGAUCACCUUUACUUGUUCAGUGUCAAGGAUCAAGGUAGCAUGCAACUGCGAAAAGACAUGUCAACGGGAAAAGGAAAAGGGAAGAAGCACCCGUUGAGAUCGCCUCAGCCAGUUCGUCGUCUGAGACUCCGCGGCGAUUGGUCCGACACCGGGCCGGAUGCGCGCCCGGAAAGAGAAGGCGGACGUCGCAGCGGCACAGAAAUCGCUCAGGCGAGACCGGUGCUGCACACGUCGCUGAUGCAAAGAAUGACGGAGGUGCUCAGCAGGAUGUUAAACGACCCGGCCACUCGUGCUGCUUUGAGCGGCGGAGGAGAAGACAGUUUGGAGGGUGUUAUCGAGCAAGAGGGCGUUCAAACCGCCGAGAACAAUUCCGAAGCGGCCCCGGGAAGGAGCAACGAACCAGCCGAACCGAGCACAGAGCAAAUCGAAUCUCCGAGAAAUGCAAUGUUAAAUAACAGAGUACAGGCGUCAUGCGCGAAUAGACUGCAAAUACAAUUAGACAGUAAUAGAGACGCAAGUCCGGACAGAUCCGAAAAUGCGGACGUGUACGAAACGACGAGCCCCGACAGGCUUCUUCAAACGAGAGAGAUCGAAGAAUCUCGCGAUCAGUAUAAUCAAUUAGUAUCACCGAGCACAUCUGCGAAUGUGAACGAUGAUGUUCCUAUGGAAACCGAAUCUAGUCAAAUCGAUCAAGCUCAAGCCGCUUCCGCGGAAUCCAGCAGCAGCAGCCAUGACAGAACCUGCGAGCAAAAUAACGCGUGGAGUGAGAACACGAACGAGGUCGAAGCUUCGUGCGCGAAUAUGGCUGAGAAACAGGAGAACAUGAUGGAGAAUCUUCAGGAUAGGUUAACAACGAUGCGAGAUGGUUUCCUCGAAAGACACGGCAGUGAGCCCGCUGUGAGUUUAACGUAUUCUGACAAAAGCUCAACUAGCGCUACGAUAUCGCUAGGCGUCGGCGAUGAGGUUACCCGCGACAGUUACCAUCCAGGACCAUCUGGAAGUACCAGCGACGAAACUCUCAACGCGGGUCCGAGCAACAAUUGUAAGCAUCACUGCUACAGAGACGUCAGAGAAAAAACCGAAGAGGAGGCCGCGUAUAUCGACAGCGACGACGAGGACAUUCAACCGAGCGAAAGACUCCUAAAUUCGGACCCAGUGACCGAGAUAGAGGAGGCGAUCGCCAGCGCUCGGUCGUCGCAAGGACACGAGACGUUCGACGAUACCUAUCUCACGGAACUGUGUGUGAAACGGAAGUACAUGGGCCACAGAAACGCCAGGACAAUGAUCAAAGAAGCGAAUUUCUGGGGCGAUGAUUUCGUCAUGUCGGGCAGCGAUUGCGGCCACGUGUUCGUAUGGGAGAGAGACACUGCCAGACUGUGCAUGCUCUUGGAAGCGGAUCAGCACGUGGUCAAUUGUCUGCAGCCGCAUCCCUACCUACCGAUGCUCGCCACGUCCGGCAUCGAUUACGACGUGAAACUGUGGGCGCCGAUCAACGACGAGCCGAGCUUUGACGAAAAGUUCGCCGAAGACCUGAAAAAGAGAAACGCGGUCAUGUUAGAAGAGACCAAAGACACGAUUACCGUACCCGCGGUUUUUAUGAUCAGAAUGCUGGCUUGUCUCAAUCAGAUACGCAGAGGUCGAGGUCGCAACAGGAGACGGAGCAGCGACGAGAGCGGCGAACUACGGGGUGGCUAAGUCGUCUGCGACGAUACUGCAAGUGGUGAUGAUGAUGAUGAUGAUGAUAAUAAAAAUACGACAAUUUCUCUUUGAACGAUCGAAUUCGUCAACGUACACACG